CGUCCUUGGAGCCAGAGACCCUGCCAGCAGUUCUGCGGGCGGGGCCUGAACAGUUCCUCCAGACACCACUCCUGGGAGUGCUGCACCGCUUCCCAGCUGUCUGCUCCGGUCCCUUGCCACCCUCCACUUUCCAGCAUGCCUGGUCCGACCCCCAGUGGCACUAACGUGGGCUCCUCGGGACGCUCUCCCAGUAAAGCAGUGGCCGCCCGGGCGGCGGGUUCCACGGUCCGGCAGAGGAAAAAUGCCAGUUGUGGAACAAGGAGCGCAGGCCGCACGACCUCAGCAGGCACUGGGGGGAUGUGGCGGUUCUACACAGAAGAUUCUCCUGGCCUCAAAGUUGGCCCUGUUCCAGUGUUGGUUAUGAGUCUGCUGUUCAUCGCUUCUGUAUUUAUGUUGCACAUUUGGGGCAAGUACACUCGUUCAUAGAUUUGGCUACGUCCAUCUGUCUGUCAUCUGAAGAAGGAAUAAAAAAAACAACCCAGUAUAUCUUGGACCAAAAGCAUAGUGAUUGUCUGUUCAUGAGAAAGAAAUUUUCUGUAAGCUUACUGUUUUACAGGGAACUUAAUGAGAACUGAUUUUAAGGAAUCAAUUUUUUUCUAUGGCUAAUAAACUUUUUAAUUCAUUUAUAC